AAGGAGGCACUAAUGAGUCUUCUCACAGACUGAGUAGAGUUGUAGGCUUGAUGAAUUACAGUGCAGACGUACAUGUUCAUUUGUGGGUUCCAAAAGCUGUAUGAAGAAGUAUUCUGUGCUAGAAUGACUAAGCAUUUUGCACCUGGGUUACAAGCCGAAGAGAAAUACAGUGAAAGACAGGUUAAGGGAAAAAAGGAAGUGGCCUAAAAAGUUUCUAUCCUUUAAGAAGAUUUAACAUGAGGGGGAAAAAAAAUAAUACUCUGUGUACCGUGUGGGCGGCUUCCUUUCGUCCAAGUGGCUGAGAGGCUUAGAGAGGUCAGGUAAGGUCUUUAGGCUUGUGUUCUAACCUCCUACUGAACACAUUUUACAGAGGGGCAGCACAGAUUGAAGACAGCAAAUCAGAAACAAAGUAGUGUAAAAAAAAAAAAAAAAACUGUCCAAAACCCCAGGGCAUGAUAUAUUAAGACUUUUAGGAGCAGAGAUCUUCGAAACCAAAAGAAAAGAGGACCGAGGGCUCAGGUGAAGAAUGGUGAAAACGAGAGUAGAUAAUAUGUACAGAAUGGAGUGAGGGAAUAGAGGACAGAUCAUUCAAGAAGUAGAUGGAUGGUUAGGGGUGCCAAGUUAAGGAGAUGACCUUGCGAUGGCUGUCCACUCAGCUUUGGAGACAUCGAGUGAUGGGUCUUUUAUUGACCCUGGCGGUGACCGUCGUCCUCAUGCUUCUGGCUACACAAUCUCUUCAGAACACCAGGGGCCACAACGUGAGGCCGCUAGGGGAGAGGAAACAGCAAAAAGGGCAUGAUCACAAAUAUCCACCAGCUGGCCCUGGAUCUGCACCAAGGCAUAUGGUAAGCAGUGCAGAAGGGGUAAAGAAGCGGCUGCUUCCCACUGCUGAGUCCGUCAACCAGGCCAUAAAGAAAAGAAGGAAGCCUCCACCUGUGGCCUUCCUCAAAACACACAAGACUGGCAGCAGCACUGUGCAGAACUUGCUGUUUCGACUUGGAGAAAGAGAGAAAGCCACCUUCGCCUUUCCCUACUACACCUACCAGUUCAGCUACCCUGAGAGGUUCAGGGCAGAGUUUGUGGACAAGCUUCCAGAAGGUUCGUCUCAGUUCGACCUGCUGUGCAGUCAUAUGCGGCUGGAUCUGAGCCAGCUGAGACAGGUGAUGCCUCCAAAUGUGGUCCUCGUCACCAUCCUGCGAGAGCCCCUCAGAACCUUUGAGUCUGUCUUCAGCUACUAUACUUCCAGCGUACCUGCUUUCUCCAGGGCCAAGCAAGCAACCACUAGGCCUGGGAACAAGGACAGGACUGCACUCUCUGUCUUCCUGGAGGAUCCAGAAAGCUUCUGGGACCCUAAAGAGCCCAGAGAUGGUCUGGCUAAGAACCCCAUGAGCUUCGACAUGGGCUUGAACAAUGAGGAGUGGAACGCCUCUUGGCCCGAAGACUUGUCCCAUCUAGAGGAAGCAUUCAACCUGGUGAUGAUUGCAGAACACUUUGAUGAGUCACUGGUUCUCCUAGGGGCCCUGCUGGGUCUGGAGCCACAGGACUUGGCCUACGUUCGGAUGAACGCUAGGCACAGCAGUGAUAUGACUAUUUUGGAUGAUGAUGCCAGAGCCAAGCUGCGAUCAUGGAACGCAUUAGACUCCCUCCUCUAUGACUUCUUCCUGCAGGAGUUCUGGGCCAAGGCCGAGCAUUUUGGCCUGGACCGGCUCAAAACAGGGGUAGCUGAGCUUAGGGCCUCCACAGAGAAGAUACGGAGCAAGUGCGUGUCCAGGGCUGCGGUGCACCCUAGUGAGCUGGAGGACUUGGUGCGGCCCUGGCAGACAGACACAGCUACCGUACUGGGAUACGAAGUGAAGAGGAACCUCAGUCUGGAAGAUCAAGGGUUCUGUGUGCGGCUGGUGCUGCCUGAACUGCAGUAUCACUCUCAUCUGUACUUUCAGCAGUACGGCAGAGAUAUGAGAGCCAUGCCUGCAGACCUACACUUGGCCUAAAGAAACAGUAUGGUAAAAAAAUUACACAAUUAUCCUCUUACUCCAAAUGUAGUCAAUAAGCCAAGAUAUUUGGGUUUGAAUUUUGCUUAUUUAGCUUUGCAUUGGAGCUACAAGAAUAGUUUAAAAAAAGUAAUGGAAGCUUAUGCCACAUCAAUUAGCAUUAUGCAAACUACAUGCCUAAAUCAUCACACGCUUCCUUUAAACCUGGACAUAAUACUUGUCCAAGAAUGCAUAUACUGCUACAGGAAAUAUACCUGUAUUGUUGGUACAUUUUUAUAGAUAACAAGUGAGGAGGACCACCAGCUAACAGCUAAAGGUAGCAAGGUAGCAAACGUAUAUCACCAACUAUAUCUUUUCUCUGUUUGACAUCCAAUGAGUGUUGAAUAAAUGAAUCAUUUGACAACAGUGGUAGGAGUGAUGCCAGCUUGGUUGCACUCAUCAAUUGAGGUUUUUAACUUUAAGGCAUGCUCUGGCCAUAAUAAUAAAUGUUAUCACAGCGAACCUGUUAGCAUGCUUGCUCUCAUCCUCUAGUAAGGUUUUCUGGUUUAAAAACUCAGACCACCUUCUGAUGAUGUGUCUGAAGGAGGGAGGAACAUUUGGAAAAUGCUCAGCUGCCUUAGGGAGGAUUUUGGAGCUGGAUUGUUUUAUUUUUCUUCUUUUUUUAGCUGGCUAAACCCUCAAGGGCCAUGAUGAGAGUUUUUUCCUCUCAUUUUUCAGUGAUAAUGAGUUAAUUUGUUUUCUUGACAUCUUGAGAUAUGUAUGCCACUUUCAAGACAUACCAAAUAUUAUCUCGAUAAAAAACAAAAUGUGCGUUAUGCCAUGAUAAUGCUAUAAAUAACUCAAGAUCUCAAGUUGUGAUAACGGCACAAAUAUCACAAGAUUGCAAGAAAAACGGUGAAAACUAGUUAUCAUGGCAAAAAUUGAGUGAAAAAAAAAACAUGCCAAUCGACUAAGCAGCCAAACAUCUUAUUGCAGCCUUAUAACCUGAACUGAAAAUGGAUUACUCAAAUGGCAAAAAAGGACUUAUAUAAGAAGAACAAGCCAACAGCAAAAGCUAGCAAGGUAGCUACAUCACCAUCUGACUAUCGUACCUCAGUUUGGCAUCCAUUGUGUGUGGAAUAUACACAGACUCACUGUUUCUUUACAGAUGUGUUUGGCAGCAGAGGAAGGAGUGAGACUAAUGCUAGCAUGAUUGCAUUAAUGAGCCCGUAGAUCACUGGUUGUAUGAGGUAUUUGCUAGAUAGUGUAAUGCUAGAUAGUGCAAUGUAGUGAAAGAACAUUGCUGAAUGAAAACAUGAUGUAAAAUCUUGAAUUCUGUGCUACAGAAUUUGGCAGAAUGUGAAAAGGCUGCUUAACUCUAGUUUCAGGCCAGAACGCCUCUUUAAUGAGGUUCAAGGCAAGUGUGUGAUGAUUGAGAUAUGCAACUCUGGUGGGCUAGAAGCUUCCAUUACCUGUUGGUCACUUUAGCCUCAUAGCUCCACGGCAAGUGUGUGAAUUUGAUUUGGUUACUGGACUAUUUCUUUGAAGACACGACUCCUUUAGAUUUUUCUAAACUAUUCGUUUCAAUUCACAAAAAAAGGACAUUAUUUGUUUCUUUCCUGUAACUGCUCACAGUGGAGCCAAAGCACAAAAAUACCAUCAGAGGAGAUUCUAGAGUCUCUUACUGGAUUAGUAAAUGGAAACUGCAAGCCAGAAAAGACCAACAGGCCUUUCUAAUUACUUACUGUAAUCAAUGUCUAAUUGUUUUUUUUAAUUAAACGCUAAGAGUCUGAAAGUGCAGUUUUUUUUCUUUGUAAUUAGCCUUACCUACAUCUCUCAAAAGCCACUGGGGGCAUUUGUCUUUGUCAGCUGCUUAAUGAGUUUAUUAAACUGCAUCAGAACAGAA